CUGUACUCUUGUACAUGGAAGGGAAGGUCUGUGAAUUAUUCAAGCCAAAUCAGUUUAGAGAGACUCAGUUGCUUCUUUCUCUCAUUGAGCCUGUAGACUUCAGCUGUAAUCAUAAGCUCGGAGAGGUCACAUCAUAUUUAUUGGAUAUUUCUCUUUGUUUUUUCUUCUUUUUUGAAGAUAGCUGUUGUUCCUUUUUACAUAUUGGUCAAGUCAUUGGACAUGAGAUCAUGGCACCAUGGUUCAAAGAGUUUUAGGGGUAACUUAUAUCUGUCUGACUGUUUUAUUUCUACCCCUCCUCCUUCAAGGCGUAGAUAUCUUGGACCCGGGACAGGUGGUAUACAGUGAGACCAAGACCAAUGGAGUGGUGGGACGUGGAGUGAUCUUGGAGUGUGGCCCCACCUUACCCGAUGUCUACAUCUGGGGCUUCACACAACCGGGCACAGACAUCAUCCGUGCUGUAGUGUACAACUUUGGGAAGGGUCCCAAAAUACAGAAAUUAGCCAGCGACUUGGGUGAUCUGACAGUAAUCAGCAACAGCGCCUCUCUGUCCAUUGAGAAGCUUCUUCUGGCUGCAGAAGGAGUGUACACCUGCCAGGCACUGUAUGAUACCCCGGAAGGAGCCAAGCUGUAUUACUACUAUGUAUUUCUGCAUGUCCUAGUGCCAGUUACCAAACCUUACAUUUUGAUGAGCGACUCUUCGCCAGUGGAGGGCACGUCAAUGACCAUGCGCUGUGGCCUGGAGAAUGGAACUGGGCCUAUUAAUUACAUAUGGGAACAGGAGAGUCGGGAAAGCCAGCUCACCACCAUGGCUGAGAUCUAUGACGACAACCGAUUCAAUGUCACUGACGUCAACCGCAAUCACACUGGAUGGUACAGGUGUCUUGCCAGCAACCAAGUCAACCAGCAGCGCAGUGACCGAAUCUGGCUAGACAUCAUUUUUGGUCCAGACCAGCCUCAGAUCGAUGUCACCCCUUACUCAGUGACAGAGCGGGGUUAUUCCGCCCUGGAAAAAGAGACGGUUUCUCUCCUGUGUCAAGCUUCUUCUAAUCCCCCCAGUCAGUAUGUCUGGUUCUACAACAACUCCCAAGUGUUCACGGGUCCACAGUUCACCAUCACCAAGGUUCUACGCAUGCACACGGGCCACUAUGCAUGCCUGGCUCAGAACACUUACCUCAACACCCGCUCCAGGAAAACCAUCACCCUCACCGUCUACUAUCCUCCAGAUGGCGCUCCAACAUGUUCGAUCUCACCAGUAAACAACUACACUGACCUGGCCCUCCGCUGUACCUGGGAGGGUGGUAUCCCCGCAGCCACUUUGAGAUGGACCCCGUAUGUGUUUGGAGAAGAGAGCGAGGGACUCACAAACAUCACCAAGAUUCAGAAAGGUGAAGAGACUGGAAACAACACUGUGUUCAUCUGUCAAGGCUCACACAUCACAUCAAAUGAAAUCAAGAGCUGCAGUGCCAGAACUUGGAUGCCCUAUGGGGAGCCAAAGUGUUCUGCAUAUGCAACUCGAAACAAUGAGUACCUAAUGCUGUCCUGCUCUUGGGAAGGUGGGUUCCCUCGAGCCCUGGUAUGGUGGGCCUCCAGCUCAGGGGACAUGCAAGGCACGUCUGAGGAGAAUGCCAACAUCCUGGUUCUGCGGUCAAGCGCUAUCUACAGUGGCAAGGCCUUUAUAUGCCAUGCAAAACAUCCAUUGGCUAAGGGGACCAAACAGUGUACUUUAAAGCUGGAGGCACCAGUCCUAGUGACCCAGCGCAGUGUGAUGACCGUCUAUGAGGGUAGUGAUGUCCAGCUCACAUGUAUCUUGAGUAGAAACUACCCUGUCACAGAGAUCACCUGGUACAACAACCUGAAACAGCAUGUGAAUGAGAUUCCUAAGAAGUACGUCCUGGAGCGGGCUGCUGCCUGGACCAACUUGACCGUGCGGGAAACGGACAGCGAUACGGACAGCGGACAGUACUGGUGUUCGGCUACCAAUGCUGUCGGAGGGGCAGAGAUUCCCAUUAUGCUGAUGGUGAAGAGGUAUCCAAUGCCCCCAAAUAUAAGCAUCAAUAAGAUCAUUUACAACAGUCGUCAACGGAUUGAUGUUGACUUAGAGUGGCAGCUCCAGACUGAUGGCGAGCUCACCGGGUUCUUUAUAGAGCGCCAGAGGCUCCCUGAACCUGUGAAGAAAAGAAACAGUGAUCUUCCCUGGCAGAAAUUGGUAGAUCUGGAGCCUGAUUCCCGAAGCUACCAAAUCAACAAUCUGGAUCCCACAGGAACCUAUGGAUUUCGCAUUACUGCCUUCAACCAUCGCACCAUUGGAAACCCUUCAGAGACAAAGAGCCCAGCUGAACCUCCCUUCAAUGCCUACCCAGCUGUGAUCGGGGCAGCCAUCGGGGGCAUGAUCAUAGCCACAAUAAUCACUGUACUGCUCUUCUUGUAUGUGGUACGGAACCGCAACAAUAACCCACGGCUUCAUGACUUGAUAUUUGGAAGGCAGAAUAGCCAGUCUAGAGAGAACAUUAACUUCCCUGAGGAUGAGGUUCCUGGAACAGCAGAGGGGGAGAGAGGUACAGGACAGCCAAGCCCACCAGCUAGUCCAGCAGCAUCGAUGGCACUGCCAAGGCCAACCGCAACACCUACAAACCUUCCCCCUGGCGAGGAGCCAGUCAACGUAACUAUUACUGUCAUGGCCUCAAGCUAAAGACAAGGCUGAUCAUAACCAUUUUGUUACCAUUUACUACUGGGGAUCAGGAACACAUUCUCAUCAUCAAUAGAAGUAAACUAAGAAAGGGGGGGAAAUAAUUUUGUGUUGAAUGUAAUUUUAUAAGAUCAACUUGCAAGUGUCUCCCAUUUAGAUAACAUCUAUAACAGAUAUUAGCAAGCUAACCUGGUUUUGGUAUGACUAAAACACAAGCAAAUUUUGUUAAUUAACAGCAGGAUUGUUAUAUUGUUUUCUACAUUUACUGCUUGCUUCUCCUAUACCAGUAGAUUGA